AUGUGGCUCUCCCCCAUCAAACAGACUCUUCUACAGCCUGGCUGGUGCGGACUCCGCCGCGCGCCUCGCAAGCGGGACGGCCUCCCCGACAAAACUGUCGCGCCAGCCACCACCUCUGAAUCGAAGGACUUGGGCUCAAUUCAAGAACAACAGGGUCGAUGUGAGGUCAACCAGCACGACUACGAUGACCACCGACCAACAGCUUCACCGUUCAUCGUUCAACCAGCUCUUUCGUGGUGCUCUGCUAGAUGCUCAUUGAACUACCAACUUACCCAUUUCCUCAAAUGGAACGGCUUCCUCACCUUCGGAUUCAGCCUGGUCUAUGCCGCCCUUUUGACCACCUCAUCCUCAUUAAUCCAGAACAACAUCAAGCCUCUUUCAUCGCCACCCAAAGACAAAAGGUCAACCAGUCAAGUCCUUUCAAACGAUUACUCGGUGAUAGGAGGGACCUUAGGUGGUUUGAUUACAGCCACGGUCUUCUGGAACCGUAGGCUACUCAGUCUGAUCAGCAUCAUACCCGGCGGGAUCGGCAUCGGCGUCGGAGCGGGGCUGUCGACCGCGUAUCUUCACUCACUCCAGUCUCGCUCUCCCAUUCAUCCUAAUCAACCACCGACUGUGGAUGAUUCUUAG